CAGAAACCAAAUAAGAAAAGUCUCUUGAGAGAAAUUAGUUCGUUACUUAUAAUUAGGCUCCUUUAUUAGACCAGCAUGGCGGCUUGGCAAGUUAUGUUGGUUGUGACGCUGUUCAGCGCUCAGACGCGGGCACAGUUCGACUUGUGCUUUACUGACAGCGCCGCUGCCGGCGUGCCAAGCAACGAGUUCAACUUCACAGGAGUGGAUAACUUCGGGCUGGGCUUGAUCCGGGAGCUGAACGAGCACCUGACGGCGACGCAGAAGGCUGGGGACGUCAACCUGCUGGUGUCGCCCUACAGCGUGUGGAGCGCCCUCAGCCUCGCGUUGAUGGGCGCCCAGGGCACGACGCUUAAGCAGCUCCAGGACGCCCUCGGGCUUCCCAACACCAAGCUCGGUGCAUACAGGACUAAAUACGCUCUGGACUUUGUUCUGCGCGCACUGGGUUCAGGGGCCAACGGGAGCCCCGAGCUGCGCCGCGUCGACCGCGCCUACUUUGACCCCAGCGUCAACCUGCGCCCCUGCGUCUCUGACGUCAUCCACGACGUUCAGACCCUCAACAUGCUGGCCGACCCAGCGCCUGCGUGUCUCACCAUGCCUCCUCUCUUUGCACCGCCACGCCUGCGUGUCUCACCAUGCCUCCUCUCUUUGCACCGCCGUAUAAGUCUCGUCUUCCGUCACCAGAAGCCUGAUCUGGACCAGACGCUGGCGAAGCUUUCGCCGUACACGCUGGGGCAGGCCCUGGCUGCCAUGAAGCCGCUUCAAGUCAAUGUCUCAAUUCCCAAGUUCGACCUUGAGGUCAAACUAGAAGAUGAACUAGUGCAAAGCCUGAAGCAGCUGGGCAUCACGGACAUGUUCGACCGCACGCGCUCCAACUUCUCCAGCUUCACCGCAGACUCUGGGCCUCUCUUCGUGGAUGAAGCCAUCCACAAGGCCAAGGUGCGGGUGGACGAGAGCGGCACGGUGGCUGCCGCCGCCACGGCGCUCAUGGCCACCAGGAGCGGCGCCAACAGCGCCAUCCAGUUCGUGGCCAACCGUCCCUUCCUCUUUCUCAUCUACGACAGCCGCGUCAGAGUGACCCUCUUUGCCGGCAUCAUAAGGAACCCCACCAAAUAAACAUGCACCAUUCAAUACAACAUUAUCAUACCAAAGCCGUAAAGGUUCUGACUCCAGAGCGUCUAUGUCUCCCAGUACUCUAGCAGCGAAGGAAACGAACUUGGAUUUGGGAUUGAAAUUUGCGAGUUCAGUUCGAACUAUUUUGUUUAUCAGUACAUUCCAAUGCACUUCGGUUUGUUUUCUGUGAUGUUUUUAUACAUGACGUUUAGUUGCUUCAAAGGGACAAGUUUUACACGGGCGCCUGUAAGGCAAUAGUACCAAUUACACGGGCUAGCGUAACAGCCGAUAUAUAUCAAUGGAUAACUUAUUUUCCUUCUUGAACUUAUUUACUUUCUAAGCUUCCAUUUUUAUAUCUCCCAUUCUACCUAAUGAAGUACAUGGCUUGCGUAGGUCUGUUGAAAUCUAUUUUGAAUUAUCUUAAGGAAAGUUUUGUAAUCGAGCCGCAUUAAACACAAAUAAAUCUUG